AUGAGAUGUGGACGUGUCUCUUUGCAUACCACCGUCCCUUCCGCCCCACUCCCUACCCCUCCCCGUCCUCACGCGCGCACUCACUGCUCCAGCGCGCACUCACACCUCCAGCGCACACUAACUCCCCAAGCGCACAUUCGCUCCCACCGCGCGCCCCAUUUUCCCCCCCGCGCGCACUCGCCCCGCGCGCACUCGCUCCCUCCGCGCGCACUCGCUCCCGCAGCGCGCAUUCACCCCCCCCGCGCACGCUCGCUCUUCCCGCGCGUACGAGCUUCCCCCGCGCGCAAUCGCGGGCCUCGCGCGCACUUACUCCCCCAGCACGCAUUUGCUCCCCCCACUCGCUUUCGCUCCCCCCGCGCGCACUCGCUCCCUCUUCCGCAUUCCCUCUUCCGCAUUCCCCCUUCCUCAUUCCCCCUUCCGCAUUCCCCCUUCCGCAUUCCCCCUUCCGCAUUCCCCAGACUCAAACUCACUCCCUCUCCAUCGCUGCUCCCAGCAGGAUUUGAAGCGCUGCUCCCAGAGAGUAAAACCUCCUGCCCAUCCUCACACUCUUACUCGCCUUCCCUUGUCCCAUCCUCUUUUCCCCCCCCGCCUUUCCUCCUUUCUGCCCUUGCUUCCCUUCCUUUCCCCCUCUUGCUUCCCCUUCUUUCCCCCGCUGCUUCUCCUCCUUUCCCAGAUCUCCUCGCCUCCUUUCCCCCACUGUAUCCCUCCGUUCCCCCACUACAUCCCGGCUCUCCCCCGCUGCAUCCCUACUCCCAUCUCCUCUCCCCCGCUGCAUCCCUACUCCCAUCUCCUCUCCCCCAAUGCAUCCCUACUCCCAUCUCCUCUCCCCCACUGCAUCCAUACUCCCAUCUCCUCUCCCCCACUGCAUCCCUACUCCCAUCUGCUCUCCCCCACUGCAUCCCUACUCCCAUCUCCUCUCCCCCACUGCAUCCCUACUCCCAUCUCCUCUCCCCCACUGCAUCCCUACUCCCAUCUCCUCUCCUCCACUGCAUCCCUACUCCCAUCUUCUCUCCCCCACUGCAUCCCUACUCCCAUCUCCUCUCCCCCGCUGCAUCCCUACUCCCAUCUCCUCUCCCCCACUGCAUCCCUACUCCCAUCUCCUCUCCCCCACUGCAUCACUACUCCCAUCUCCUCUCCCCCACUGCAUCCCUACUCCCAUCUCCUCUCCCCCACUGCAUCCCUACUCCCAUCUCCUCUCCCCCACUGCAUCCCUACUCCCAUCUGCUCUCCCCCACUGCAUCCCUACUCCCAUCUGCUCUCCCCCGCUGCAUCCCUACUCCCAUCUCCUCUCCCCCACUGCAUCCCUACUCCCAUCUCCUCUCCCCCAUUGCAUCCCUUCUCCCAUCUCCUCUCCCCCACAGCAUCCCUACUCCCAUCUCCUCGCCCCAUCUCUGCCUCGCCCCAUCUCUGCCUCGCCCCAUCUCUGCCUCACCCCAUCUCUGCCUCCUCCAAUGA